UGAUGGUGGUCCCCAUGCUCAACAUGAACCUCGCUUCUACUAUGAUUGGAAAAUGUCUGAUUCAAAAAGCCGGGAAUGCAAUCAAGUCAAAGUUUGACUCAGUGGCAGCGAUUUGUACCGUUGCUCCUGGUGAAGUCCUGCAAGUGGAUGCGCCUCCAUCUCUGGGCUGCUCCAAGCUCUACUUCAUUGAGUGCUCACCAUGGGAUGGAGUCAGAGGUCCGAGUGUGGAGGCACUUGGUAAAGGCCUGAAGACAUGUUUGGACCUUUGCGUACAGCAGCGCUAUAACUCAGUUGCCUUUCCGAUUAUUGGACCCUGGAGCAGUUUUAAAAUACCCAACGAAAGAGGCCAUUCAAGUGCUGAUGGAGAACAUUCGCCAGUUUGGAUUAUCUGCGUCCCCUGGGUCUCUCACCACCAUCCAGAUCUUCAUUAAACCAGGCUAUCCUGACUCUGAGGAGUGCUACGAGGAUGUCUACAGGCACCCUGGCCUAAAUCUGAACCAAGAAGGACAAGCAAUCUUUAGGUCCCUCACCAGUGACCUCGAUGAAAUCACAAUGACAGUGGGCGGCGGGGUUAAACUACAACUGGUGUUUGGUGACAUCACCAAUGAGACGACAGAUGCUGUGGUGAACACGACCAACUUUGUGGAUUUCCAGAAUGGUGUGUGCAAGGACAUCUUAACUGUAGCUGGACCAGACGUGGAGGCAGAGCUUAAAGCAGCAAAAAUCAGUCGCAGGGACGUUUUUGUAUCCCAGUCGGGAUCGUUCCCCUGCGAAGCCAUUUUCCAUGUCAGUGGAAAAAAGAAUGCAAUCGUCAUCAAACAACUGGUGAUUCGCAUCGUUGAACAAUGUGAGUCACAUCAGUUCAAGUCAGUGGCCAUACCUGCUAUCUGUGCUGGAGCUGGUGGGAUGGACCCUGGUCUUGUGGCAGCAGCCAUCCUCCAAGGGGUCAAGGAUGCCACGUCGUCCGUUCAUCUUAAUUUUCUCACAAACAUCCGCCUCAUCCUGAUUAAGAUCAACGUCUUCUUGGCCUUUAAAGAAGAAGCAAUGCAAAUGUUUUCCACAGCUGUGAGCAACAAAGUUCCUGUACCUCAGUUUCCUCAGGUACAACAACCACAGCCUCCUCCAUCUGUGGGAGCAGAUCUAAGCAUCGUCUGUAACAGCUCUACAAGUCAGCAGUCCGUCUUCCAGGUUCUCGGUGUCUCCAGAAAGGAUGUUGACGGUGCCAGGGCAAAGCUGAAGGACCUGUAUCAGGCUCAGUGUUCUUCUCAAACCUUCAAACAGGAGGAACUGAAAAGCCUCACCCAAGAUGACUUGAAGGAUCUGAAGCAGCUGGUGGAAACCGAGGGUCUGUAUGUCGAGUUGAGCCAAGGCACCUUAAAAGUUAGCGGGCUAAAAGACGGCGUCAACAAGGUAACGCAGAUGAUCAACGCCUCUCUACAUGGCAGCCUCAUAAGACAGGCGAGAGUCAGGGAGGAGAAGGAUCUGUACGCCCGUGUGGCUUGGUGCAUCUUGGGACAAACAGGCAACUGGGAGAGGUUGCCCAAAACAGCCAAUCACAACCUGGAGAUUAACCACGUAGGAGAAAAGAUAGUGGACGCUCUGGGCAACAAGUGGACGGUGGAUCUGCCGAGGAUGGAGGCAACAAAAUAUUUGGGUGGUAAAACGACAAAUCUGAAACGACUUGAGCAUCUGCCAGACUUCAUCCUCCCGCUGUACUGGGACAACAUGGCUGCCGGUGAAACGUUAAAGACGGUUGAACUCCUUCCUACCCAUGCAGAGUACCGGACAGUGAAGGAGGCCUUCAAACGAACUGUCGGCAAGACCGUGCUGAAGAUCGAGCGUUUGCAAAAUGUCCAUCUGCGGCGUGCCUAUGAAGCGCAGAAGAAGCAAAUCUCUGAUAAGUACAAACAGCAGGGUGGAGAAUGUGAAAAGCUCCUGUACCACGGGACGACGCAGGACAACUGUGAAUCCAUCAUAAAAACUGGGUUCAACCGGCGCUUUUCUGGGCAGAACGCAACUUCUUUUGGUGAAGGAACCUACUUUGCUGUCAAAGCCAGCUACUCUGCUCACCCCACCUACUCCAAGCCAGCUGCUGACGGUUCCCAGCUCAUGUUCGUCGCACGAGUGCUGACCGGCCUCUACACUCAGGGCCAAAGCGACAUGAGGGUGCCUCCACCUGUCAGUGACCAGGACGGCCAUGACCGCUACGACAGCGUGGUGGACAGAAUGAACUGCCCCCAAAUGUACGUCGUGUUUCAUGAUAACCAAGCGUACCCAGACUACCUCAUCACUUUCAAGCAGUGGUGGGCCGUCAGGGCCAGCAAGGCCUUCUCUGCUGGCCUAAACAUCAACAGAAUAUAAAUUAAAUUUUGAUAUAUUUUUUCCACAAAUACGUAUUCAAUUAUUCCCCAUAGUCUAUUCUCUUCAUUUUAUAGCGUUCGUCUUGGCUGCGCUGCUUCCAGCCUCAGAACGAGAUUUGGAGGGCUGGCCUUUAUGUUAGAGCUUUUAUCCAAUCAUAUUUCAGCCAUAAUGUGUUGCUAGGGUCAAAGAAAUCUGCCCUUAGGCCUUCAGAAUCAACAGUGCGGGCGCCUGUAGCUUAAAGUGAACGCAAACAAAACUGUGGCGUUAACCAAUCAGAUUUCGAGGUGGCGACAACGGGCCAGCUAGCAGGCGUACGCUAACGUUAGCACGUGCACAUCUUCUGAUUGGAUACGCACUAUUGAGAGGCAGAGCUAGGCAGUAGGCAGAGCCAUACAGUCUAUGGGCAAAGCUAGCAAAACUAGAACUUGAGCGAGCUAAUUUGUGUAGAUUUCUACAAGCUAUUUUUUUCAACCCACAAUGGCUGAAGGAGGAGAAGAGAUCAAUUUGGUAGAAGAUAUAAUUACAACGCCAUUUUCAAAACGAACUUUUCAAGUAAAGCUACACAUCUUGAAAAGGGAACGACCAACUCCAACGCUAGCGAGCCUAGCACAGCAGGGCAACUACGAGCGGUACCCCUGGCUCACAGCCUCCGAGAGGCACUGCAAAUUGUACUGCCGGGAAUGCCUGGUAUUUGCAACUGAUCGAUUUGGUGUUUGGAGCCACACUAAAUUUGCAAACUUGAGUUGUCUAACCAAGGCAGCAACGAGACACCAAAGCACAGCUGGGCACUUGGAAGCACUGGUGCUUUUGAAAACCUUUGGGGACACCCGAGUGGAUCUACAGCUCAACGAACAAGUGCGCAGGGAAACGGAGCUCCACAACGAAAGGGUGAACAAAAAUAGGGAAAUAUUGAAAGACUGAUUGAUUGUUUCCUGUUUUUGGGUAAACAGGAACUUCCAUUUAGGGGACACGAUGAAAGCGCCGAGUCCAGAAACAGAGGAAACUACGUGGAGCUUCUUUCUUUUCUUGCUGAGAACAACACAGAUUUGCAUUACCACCUGUACACAAACAACAUGUUUACUGGGACGUCAGGCAAAAUACAAAACGACCUGAUUUAUGCUAUUGCUGAAGUGAUGGGAGAAGAGAUCAAAAUGAAGAUUAAAAAAGCACCCUUUGUCGCUGUUAUGGUGGACGAGACGUCAGAUGUGGGUAAUGUAGCACAGCUGGCACUUGUCCUGCGUUAUGUGACAGACACAGGUGUCAAGGUUUGUCAGAUAAUCUGAUUAAUUAAGUUAACUGUAAAUGCUGAUGUAUUCAUUAUAAAUGCUUCAGAAAUAUUAAUAUAACUCUGUUGUACUUGACUAUGUUAAGGUGAUGCAACGCCCGGUUAUACUGCGUUUCUGUCUAAAUGUAUAGUUUCUAGAGCCAUGGCGUCAUAAUGAUGGUAUUAAGAGGUGGAAUAAUUCAGGUAGGACUGUGUAGGACAUCACUGAAGGCCUAGGUGUGAAAUGCACAGCCCG